AUGCGGUCGCAAGUACUGAGAGCCGGGCAGGCUGCCAACUGCAGAGUGAGUAAUAUAGAUCCUCACCUCCUCACCUUCCACCUCCCCACCCAGACACGUUGCCUCGCAACAUCCACCUCCCUUCCAAACGCCCGCAACGUCAACCUCGCCUCGCGAACACCGCCGUACAAGAAGCUGCUCGGCCGUCUGUCGGAAGUCCGCCGCGUCCUCGGUUCCUCGCGCCAGCUCACGCUCGCCGAGAAGAUCCUGUACUCGCAUUUGGAGUCUCCUGAGGAGUCGCUGCUCAGCAACACGAACAAUGGACGAGACAUUCGCGGGCAAGCGAACUUGAAGCUCAAGCCGGACCGAGUGGCUAUGCAGGAUGCGAGUGCGCAGAUGGCGCUGCUGCAGUUUAUGAGUUGUGGUUUGCCGAGUACGGCGGUGCCUGCUAGUAUUCACUGUGAUCAUCUUAUCGUUGGUGAGACUGGAGCGCAGGCGGAUUUGCCAAAAUCGAUUGCGAACAACUCGGAGAUCUUCGAUUUCUUGGAGAGUGCGGCGAAGAAGUAUGGUAUUGAGUUUUGGCCGCCUGGCGCUGGUAUCAUUCAUCAGUCUGUCUUGGAGAACUACUCGGCCCCUGGACUCAUGAUGCUCGGUACAGACAGUCACUCCGUCAAUGCUGGUGGACUUGGCGCCAUCGUCAUUGGUGUUGGUGGUGCUGAUGCCGUUGACGCCCUUGUUGACGCACCUUGGGAACUGAAAGCACCAAAGAUUUUGGGUGUGAAGCUCACAGGCGAAUUGAGCGGAUGGGCUUCUCCCAAGGACGUCAUCUUGAACUUGGCUGGUCAGCUCACAGUUCGCGGAGGUACUGGUUACAUUAUCGAAUACUUCGGAGAAGGCAUCAAAUCCUUGAGCGCAACUGGCAUGGCCACCAUUUGUAACAUGGGUGCUGAAGUUGGCGCUACGACUUCGCUGUUCCCCUUCUCGCAGGCUCACAUUCCCUACCUUCAAGCAACAAAUCGAGGACCGAUCGCCGAGGCUGCACUGAAGAUUGCUCAGUCCCCGAUGGAGCGCAACCUUCUGCAAGCUGACCCUGCAGCCGCCUACGACAAGGUCAUCGAGAUCAACCUCUCCACACUUGAGCCCCACAUCAACGGUCCCUUUACCCCUGAUCUCUCUACCCCUCUGUCUAAGUUCAAGUCGGUUGUCGAAGAGAAGGGCUGGCCCCAGACCUUCGGUGCUGGUCUUAUUGGCAGCUGCACAAACAGCUCGUACCAGGACAUGCAGCGAUCUGAGGACAUUGUCAAGCAGGCGGCAGCUGCUGGCUUGAAGCCAAAGGCCAACUUCUUCAUCACACCAGGCAGUGAACAGAUCAGGGCGACUUUGGAGAGGGACGACACCAUCAAGACCUUCGAGACUGCUGGCGGAACUGUCCUCGCCAAUGCUUGUGGACCUUGUAUCGGGCAGUGGACUAGGACCGAUGAGGUCAAGAACGGCGAGUCAAACGCUAUCUUCACAUCCUACAACCGUAAUUUCCCCGGUCGCAACGAUGGAAACCGAGCAACCAUGAACUUCCUUGCCUCGCCCGAACUCAUCACCGCCCUGGCUUACUCCGGAUCUACGACCUUCAACCCUAUGACCGACUCCCUCAAGACCCCAUCUGGCGAGGAGUUCAAGUUCCAGCCACCUAAGGGUGUUGAUCUACCCUCCGCAGGUUUUGAGGAUGGCAGGACUGAGUUCCUCCCGACUCCCGGCGUACCUGACCCCAGCGUCGAAGUCCAGGUCAGCCCUACGUCUUCACGGUUGGCUCUCCUCGACCCCUUCUCGCCGUUCCCCAACUCCGAGCUGAAGGGACUGAAGGUGCUCUACAAGGUCAAGGGCCAAUGCACAACGGACACCAUCUCUGCUGCUGGACCCUGGCUCAAGUACAAGGGCCACCUGCCCAACAUCUCCGAGAACACCUUGAUCGGUGCUGUUAACGCCGAGACUGACGAAGUGAACGUUGCCUACGACACAGACGGCUCCAAGACCUCGAUCCCUGAGCUUGCCAAGCGCUGGAAGGAGCAGGGUACCGAGUGGCUUGUUGUUGCUGAACACAACUACGGUGAGGGUUCUGCUCGUGAGCACGCUGCUCUGCAGCCCCGCUACCUGGGUGGGCGUAUCAUCCUGACUAAGUCCUUCGCUCGUAUUCACGAGACCAACCUGAAGAAGCAAGGUAUGGUUCCUCUGACCUUCGUCAACGAGUCUGAUUACGACUUGAUGGACGCUUGCGAUGAAGUCUCCACAAGAGGACUGCUGGAGACACUGCAGAACGGCGGCAAGGGCGAGAUCGAGCUUAUCGUCAAGAAGAAGGAUGGAAAGGAGGUCGUUGUUAAGACCAAGCACACACUUACCAAGGACCAGAGCGCAUUCGUGCUUGCCGGUAGCGCUCUGAACUUGCUCGCCGCACAGGCAGCG